AUGCAAAUAGAACCGCAUCUCGAUGAGCUAAAAAAAUGGAAACCACCACCAAAUACAAUAUUAACAAUGUCAUCAUCGCAAGAAGAAUAUUCAUCAGACGAAGAAAGUAUCUACGACUCCAAUGAAAAUCACAGAUCGAAAGUUCUUUUAGGAUUUGUCGAUGCACCAGUAACACAAGAUGAUCAACCAACGAUAGAAGAUACUUUCAUUGGUGGACAACCAAUUUGGCUUAACCCUGAGUCAAAGCCACAAGAAAGCUACUUAAUUUGUGAUCGUUGUGGAAAGAAAUUGGCGUUAUUGUUGCAAGCAUUCUCACCACUAGAUGGUGCUUUAUAUGAUCGGGUAUUGUACAUAUUUGGUUGUAAAGAUAGUCAAUGUUCGAAGCAAAAGGGAAGUGUUAAAGUAAUUAGAGGUAUCAACAAGAAUGAAAAAGUAGUAAAGAGGAUAAAGGAGGAACUAGAUGGUAUUAAAGUGAAGGAAAUGGAGGAUAAAUUGAAACUUGAACAGCUGAAGAAGUUGAAUGACGAGUUGACCAAGAAUUUAUUCAAUAACGACAAGCCAAGUGAUAAUCCGUUUGGAAAGUCGAAUCCAUUUGCUAAAAAUGAUAAUCCAUUUAGUAGUAAUCUGUCCAACCCAUUUGCAAAACCUGAAUUUAAAGAAACCAAGACAAAUGAAUCCCCAUCCUCCACUAAGAAUCUGCAACUGUAUGCCGACGUGGCAAAAACUGCACCGAAACUGCCAAAAAAGGUGGAAAAGAAAUUACAAGGUGACUUACCUCAGUACAAUGGUAGUUUUGUAUACGUUGAUCUGGAAAAGUUUCGCAAGGACAAAGAUGAAGAUGCUCAAUUGGCCAAGUACAAGCAUUUAAUUGAAGAAAACGACUCUUUAGAAGAAGGUUCAUCUUCAAGCAAGAGACGUGGAUCAUCAUCAUCAGCAGUGUUGGAUCCACAUACAACUAAAAUUUCCAAUAUGCUAGAUGACAAGUAUUUUGAAAACUUUUCAUCUACAGUCAAACAUAAUCCAGGUCAAGUAUUGCGAUACGAUUUGAAUGGCAAACCAUUACUUUACAAUGGUAAAGACGAAGUUGCCAAGAUAUUUUUAAAUGCAAACAAUCAACCAAAUAUCCCUCGUCCUGGUUACAAUCCCAGUAGUGAACGUCGAUUUGAAUUACAAUUGAUGCCAAAGGCAAUCAUGGAUCUCGAAGGAUUGGAUGGAGAUAAUGUUGACAUUAAGGAUAUAUUGAAUGGAAUGUCAUGGGGUACAAUAAUUGUAUGUACUGAUGUUGAAGAUUAUAUUCCAGAGGAGAAAUUUGAUGAAAACAAGGUUGGCUAUAUUCAAGAAUGGUGUGGUGUUCAAUGGGAAGAAAGUGUCUAA